CUCAAGUUCAAAACUGAAGGGGUGAAACAGGUAGAGACUUUGGGUGUGUUGCCAAAGGCGAUCCGGUCGAGCAUCUCCCGCCACCUCUUCUUCCCCGUCCUCCAAUCCCUUCUCCUCUUUCGGGCCGUUUCUCCCCAUUUCCUCUUCCAACUGGUUUCCGAAAUGGAGGCAGAAUAUUUCCCCCCUAAGGAGGACGUUAUGUUGCAGAACGAGCCUCCAACGGACAUGUAUAUAAUCGUCUCUGGCACCGUGGAAUUGAGACUAAACAUUGAUGGACAUGAAGAAGUGUUUGGAAAAGCGAGUGCGGGAGAAGUAUUUGGAGAAAUAGGCGUUUUGUUUGGACGAGCCCAGCCAUAUGCGGUUCGGACGGUCGAGAUUUGUCAGAUAUUGCGACUGAACCGUGCAUCUUUGGUGUCCAUUCUUCAUGCUAAUCCACAAGAUGAGAACGUCAUCAUGAACAAUCUCUUACAGAAGCAACAAACGUUUGGAGAUUUUCGUUGUGAGGACAAGGAAAAGGACCCAAACUUAGCCUUUUAUGAAGAGUUUUCAUCAUGUUUUGAAGACAAGACCAAACAAGAAAACCACAGCAUGGACAGAUUUCAUGGUCUUGCAAAUACAACUAUUGCCAACAACAACAUUAGUACUUUUUAUCCAAGGCCUAAGAUACAUGCCCAUCCAUUUUCUUCCAACUUCUUCCCGGGAAUUAAACGGCCUACUUGCACAAAUUCCAGUGGCAAUAACGGUAGUAGUAGUUACCAGACCAUGCCAGAAACGGAAAAAUGGAUGAAGAGCGUCACCAUUCAUGCCAUGGUUAAGGACGACAAUGGUUCAUGUCUCGAGUUCGAGAAGCUAAUUACUCUACCUAAUUCUUGGGAAGAGCUCUUCUCAUUAGCACAUCAUGAGUUUGAAGUCCGGGGCAUUACCAAAGUUGUGAGUUCAGAGAAUGCCGAAAUUGAUGACUUAAGUGUCAUCAGAGAUGGAGAUCAUUUGUAUUUCAUUUCUGAAGAGCCUUCAAAUAUGUAAUUGUAUAUAUAAAAUGUGGCCUUCAAAAUUAAUUUAAAAUAUUCAAUUCAAUUUGUAUAGUCAACUGAGAGAGAGCUUUGACAUUUUUAAGGAAAUGUUAAUCUCUUCACUAUUUCAUUUUCUUUUUGUUUAUUGAAAGAAGGACGUUUAUGGGUUUCCAUGAAUUGGAGAUCAGAGUAAAUUAAAACCUGCUAU